AUGAAUUUCAAAGCAGGUAUAGAACCUCAAUCAACAAUGGCUUCAUCGUCUUCAUCAAAUCGGCGACGCAAAGGAAAACAACAACAACAACAACAACAAAAAUCAACAACAACAACAUCAAAUUCUAAAUCAACUUCAUCAUCUGGAAAAUCCACAGAAAAAGAACGCUUAUUAACAUUAAAAAAAUCUAAAAAAGAAAUGUUUCGUCAAGAAACAGCUAAAAUUGUUUUAUGGAGACAACCAAUACGUACAAUUCAAUAUUGUAUACUUGAAUUAAUUUAUCUUAUUCAUCUGAGUUUUAAACGUUUAAUAUCAUAUAGAAAGACAUUAUUCUUAUCGAUUGUUCUAUUUCUAUUUUUUCUAUUUAUUUACAAUACGGAAGGUUCACAUCAAAAAAGUAUUUCAUUAAUAGAAACUCUACUAUUAACCUCAUUAUACUGGUGUGGUCUUGGUAUAGCAUCUUCAGUUGGACUUGGUACAGGUUUACAUACAUUUUUACUUUAUCUUGGUCCAUUUAUUGCCCAAGUAACAUUAGCUGCAUAUGAAUGUGGUUCAAUUAAAUUUCCUCGUCCACCAUAUCCAAAUGAAAUUGUUUGCCCAUCGAUAGCAACCACCACAACAUCACGUAUGCUCUCAAAUAAUAAUGAAACAAUCUUAACAGAUUUAUUAGAAACUGGACCAAUAUCAUUCUGGAAAAUAUUAUGGAAAGUUAAAUUAGAAGCAUUUUUCUGGGGUUUAGGUACCGCAUUCGGUGAAUUACCACCAUAUUUUAUGGCACGUGCAGCACGUUUAGGUACAGCUGAUGGUGAUGAAGAUGAUGAAGAAUUAAUUGAUUUUGAACAAAUGUUAAUUAAUGUUGAAUCACAUAAUUCAAAAAAUUUAUCAUUAUUCGAACGUAUUCGUUAUUUAAUCUAUCGUCUUAUAAAACGUAUCGGAUUUUUAGGCAUACUUUUAUGUGCAAGCAUUCCAAAUCCAUUAUUUGAUUUAGCUGGUAUAACAUGUGGUUAUUUUCUUAUACCAUUUUGGACAUUUUUUUUAGCCACUAUUAUUGGAAAAGCAUUAAUUAAAAUGAGUAUACAAACAGUAUUUAUUAUAUUUCUAUUCAGUGAACAUCAUGUUGAACGUAUUAUACGUUGGAUGAAACAUAUUCCACAUUAUGGUCGUUUAUUACAAACACCAUUUAAAGAUUGGUUACAUGAACAAAAAGGUAAAAUGCAUAGAAAACCAGGUGAAAAUUUAGCUGGUCAUGUUCAGAAAAUAUCAUUAUUAACAAGAAUAUUCAAUAUAUUUGUUGCUGGAAUGAUUAUAUAUUUUGUUGCAUCAAUUAUUAAUUCAUUAGCACAACGUUAUCAUAAACGAACACGUACUGAUUUAAAAUUGAUGUAA